AUGAGCUCGACGACGCAGCAAUACGGCGACCUCGCGACGCAGCUCCUCACCGAGUCCCGCCGCUCCACCGCCACCGACACCCUCCUCAAAUACAACGACGUCCUCGUCCGCGCCGUCAUCCGCGAACAGCGCCAGCUCGAGGCGCUCCUCCAGGCUGGGCUCGCCGCCGCCCCCGACACGGACGACGACCCCGGCGCGCCGCCCAACCCCGCGCUCUCCACCGUCCUCCUCUACCAGACGGCCAUCAACCGCAACAAGCGCUGCCUGCUGGCGUACCACGCGCACCGCAUCGAGCGCCUCAAAGACCUCUACUGGCGCGUCGGUGGCGCGCUGCCCCUGCUGCUCUCCAUGGCCGCGCCCGCCGCGCAAACCGCAGGCCAGGCGCACGACUCUGCGCACGCGCCGCAGCCUGCCGCCGCGGCGCCCGCGCCCGCCGACGUCCGCUCGAAGCUCUCCCCGCACGAGGUCGACUUUCUGCGCUCGUACAACGCGUCCCUCCUCGCGCUCCGCACCGACGCGUUCUCCUCUGCGACUGCCGCGGACCCCGGCGCGCCCUCCGAGGACGUCGACCUCAUGGCGCCCAUCGACCGCCCUCCGCGCGGGCUCACCGUCCACGUGCGCGUCGUGCGCGACUGCGGCGUCGUCCACACCGAGCAGGGUGCCAUCGACUUCCGCCGCGGGCACCGGUUCCUUGUGCGUCGUGGCGACGUCGAGCACCUUAUUGUCCAGGGAUAUCUUGAAGAGGCCUAG